GGGCGGGGCGGGGCGUGACCCGGAAGUCGACGGGGGGUUCCGCCCCCCGCGCAUGGGGAGGUAGGCUCGCACCGGCCCGCGGAGCUGCUGCAGUCCAUCGCGCCCUCCUCGCCCUUCCCGCCGACAUCAUGCUCCAGUUCCUGCUUGGAUUUACGUUGGGCAACGUGGUUGGAAUGUAUCUGGCUCAGAACUAUGACAUACCAAACCUGGCUAAAAAACUUGAAGAAAUUAAAAAGGACUUGGAUGCCAAGAAGAAACCCCCUAGUGCAUGAGACUGCCUCCAGCACUGCCUUCAGGAUACACUGAUUCCACUGCUCUUGAGGGCCUUCUUUACUAUCUGAACCAAAAGCUUUUGUUUUCAUCUCCAGCCUCAGCACUUCUCUUCUUUGCUAGACCCUGUGUUUUUUGCUUUAAAGCAAGCAAAAUGGGGCCCCAAUUUGAGAACUACCCACAUUUCCAACAUACUCACCUCUUCCCAUAAUCCCUUUCCAACUGCAUGGGAGGUUCUAAGACUGGAAUUAUGGUGCUAGAUUAGUAAACACGACUUUUAAUGAGUAGUGUCUUCUUUAUUGUUUGCGAUUUUUACUACCUUUUGUCAAGAGAAAAAUUGAUGAGUUUUGUAUAGCUGGUCAGAUACAAAUAAUAGUGACUUCACAGUUUAGUAAUUAUAAUGGGUACUUGUUAAACAUUUGGUACUAAAUUAUGUUGCUGCAAAGUAAUUAAAAUUAAUAUCUAGAGCUA